AUGUCAGUCGACAACGUUGUUAAGGUUGCAAACAUUUCUUCUCUUGUAACUGAACCGGUAUUGAAGCAAUUGUUCGAAUUCUUGGGUGAGGUUACAACAAUUAAAUUAUACAAUAGUCCUCACGGUGAUGGUGUACAAGAAUGCACGAUAGAAUUCAAAGAGGCAUCAUCUGCCGUAACGGCUCUCCACCUAACCGGUGUAGAAUUAGGUGAUCGCACUUUGAUGGUUUCAUCAACUACGGCGCCUGCCGGCAUACAUAGUAAUACUUCGUAUCAACCACCAGUUGUACCUCCUUCGUUGCCCCAAAUACAUCCUUCUUCUAUAUCUCCUAUUAGACCACCACAAACUUCAAAAACUCCACAAUCUAUUCCUCCUAAACCUAUGAUCCCUCCUCUAGCUCUUCCUCCUUUUCCGUCUAAUUCUCUUGUAGCGAUUAGGUCUAACCCAGCUAUUUCACCAACCGUUGCUCAAUUCGAUCCUGCUAAAGCUGAAGAGAUUUCUAGAACCGUUUAUAUUGGUAAUAUCAACUCUUCGAUUUCUGAGCCUGAAUUGACACAGUUUUUCUCUGCUUGUGGUCCGGUUGCGUACGUAAAGAUGGCAGGUGAUCCAGCUCAGCCAACUCGGUUUGCAUUUUUGGAAUUCGCCACCUACGAAGGUGCACAAGCGGCCAUGCAAAUGAAUGGAGUUAUGCUUGGAGAUCGUCCUUUAAAGGUAAAUCAUUCAAAAAAUGCCAUCAACAAGACACCAAAAAAGACAGAUGCUCCGGAUGUACAAGCAACUAUGCGUCGUGUCAGGGAGGCUCAAUUAAGAAUUGCAAAUCGAUUAAAUACUGAUGGCACUACUCCCGAUAAUGAAUCUCCUUCAGCAUCUGUACAACAGGAUAUAGAAAUGCGAGAUGCGACUUCACCUACUAAAGAAGCCAUAUCUGCUCGUAGCCGUUCUAGAUCUAUCAGACGUAGUAAGUCUAGGUCACGAACAAGAAGUAGAAGUAGAAUUAGAAGGAGAAGAAGUAGAUCAAGAUCCAGAGAUUUUUAUUUUCGACGACGAAGAACUCCAAGUCGUUCUAGAAAUCGUGACAGAGUAGGCGAUCGAUACAGGGAAAGAGAUCGUGAAAGAGAUAGAGAGAGAGAUCGUGAAAGAGAUAGAGAAAGAGAUCGUGAACGCGAAAGAGAGCGAGACAUUAGGGAAAGAGAGAGAGAGAGAGAGAGAGAACGUGAUAGAGAACGUGACCGGGAACGUGACCGAGAUAGGGAUAGAGGUAGAGACCGGGACCGUGACCGUGACCGUGAACGUGAUAGAGGAGAUAGGGAUAGAGAUAGGGAUAGGGAUAGGGAUAGAGAUAGAGAUAGAAUUACUGAAAGAGAUCGGGAUCGAGAUCGGGAUAAGGAUAGGGAUCGAGAUAGAGAUAGAGAUAGGGAUAGAGAUAGAGAUAGAGAUAGGGAUAAUAAGGAUAGUAGGGAUAAUAAGGAUAGGGAUAGGGUUCGUGAUAGAGAUAGGGAGAGAGACAAAGACAGAGAACGAGAACGAGAUAAGGAUAAAGACAAAGAAAAAGAGCGUGAAAAGGAUAGAGAUAAAGAUAAAGAACGAGAAAGGGAAAGAGAUAUAAAAGAGAAAGAUCGCGAUAAAGAAAGAGACAAAGAAAAAGAUCGCGACAAAGAAAGUAAUAAAGAGAAGGACCGCGAAAAGGAAAGUAAUAAAGAAAAAGAUCGUGAUAGAGAAAAUAUUAAAGAAAAGGAUCGUGACAAGGAAAGAAACAAAGAUCGUGAUAGAGAAAAAGACAAAGAAAGAGAUCGUGACAGAGAAGUUAAUAAAGAAAGGGAUCGUGACAAGGAAAGAGACAAAGAUCGUGAUAGAGAAAAGGAAAAAGAAAGAGAUCGUGACCGAGAAAGCAACAAAGAAAAGGAUCGCGACAAGGAAAGAGAGAAAGAUCGUGAUAGAGAAAAGGAUAAAGAAAGAGAUCGUGAUCGAGAAAUUAACAAAGAAAAGGAUCGCGACAAGGAAAGAGAAAAGGACCGUGAUAGAGAAAAGGAUAAAGAAAGAGAUCGUGAUAGGGAUAAAGAUAGGGAACGAGAUAUAAAAGAAAAAGACCGAGAAAUAAAAGAAAAAGACCGGGAUAAAGAAAAAGAACGAGACAAAGAAAAAGAAAAAGAAAGAGAUCGAGACAAAGAAAAGGAAAAAGGAGAUCGAGACAAAGAAAAAGAUAAAGAAAGAGAUCGUGAUCGGGAUAGGGAACGGGAUAUAAAAGAAAAGGAUCGGGAGAAAGAGAAGGAUAGGGAUAAAGAAAAAGAACGAGACAAAGAUAGGGAUAAGGAGAGAGACAGAGAUAGGGAGAAGGAGAGAGAUAGAGAUAGGGAUAGAGAGAAGGAGAGAGACAGAGACAGGGAUAGGGAUAAGGAGAGAAACAGAGAUAGGGAUAAGGAGAGAGACAGAGAUAGAGAAAGGGAUCGAGAUCGGGAUAAAGAUAGAGACAGAGAUAAAGAUAGAGAGAGAGAUAAAGAGAGGGAAAGAGAUAAGGAAAGGGAAAGAGAUAGAGAAAGAGAUAAAGAAAAGGAAAGAGAAAGGGAUCGUCGAUCGAGAAGAUAG